AUGGAUGAAAUUGAAGUUCCUCAGUAUUUCAUAUGCCCAAUAUCCCUACAAAUCAUGAAAGAUCCAGUUACUGCUAUAACAGGAAUAACAUACGACCGAGACAGCAUUGAGCAUUGGCUAUUCUCAAACAAGAACACAACAUGUCCAGUUACCAAACAACCUCUCCCAAGAGACUCUGACUUAACCCCUAAUCACACCCUUCGCCGUUUGAUUCAAGCUUGGUGCACCCAAAAUGCUUCACUUGGCAUUGAUCGAAUUCCAACCCCUAAACCACCACUUAACAAGAUACAAGUCCUUAAGCUUCUCAAAAACCUCACAGUCACAGACCCCAAUUUGAAGCUCAAAAGUCUCAGAAAAUUGGAGUUGCUUGCUGCAGAGAACGAGAGGAAUAAGAAGUGUUUGCUAGAGGCAGGUGUUCCAAAAGCCACGAUCUUUUUCAUAGUGGGUUGUUUUAUAAAGGGUCAAAUUCAUGAGGGUCUUGAAGAAGCUCUAAGUUUAUUGCAGUUUGUUAAGGUUCCUGCAGAAGAAGUGAACCUGCUUCUAGCGGAAAAUGAUCAAAUUUUGGAUUCUCUAGCAUGGGUUUUGGGUUGUGAAAUGGAAAAUUCCAUUGCUGUGAAAUCUCAUGCGGUUUUAGUCCUCAAAAGAAUCAUCCAAAAGGGUGACCCUAGUGUUCUUGAGAGACUGAAAGUUGAGUUCUUUGAUAAGAUUGUGAAGAUUCUACGAAAUGGGGUUACCCAAAAAGGGAUGAAUGCUGCUCUGCAUGUCUUGUUACGUGCUUGUCCAUGGGGACGAAACAGGAUCAUGAUGGUGGAAAUUGGUGCUGUUUUUGAACUCGUUGAGAUUGAAUUAAUGGCACCAGAGAAGAGAAACACAGAGCUUGCACUUGCUAUACUUUUCCAUUUGUGUUCUUGUGCCAAUGGUAGAGCUCAGUUUCUGAGUCACAAAGGCUCAAUUGCCAUGUUAACGGAUCGAAUUUUGAAGGUUUCUGCAGAAGUGGAUGAAAGAGCCGUAUUUGUUCUCUCACUGAUAUCUAAAUUCUCUGCCACAAAAAUGGUCCUGCAAGACAUGUUAAACGUUGGAACUGUGUCAAAGCUUUGCAUGUUGCUUCAAGCUGAUCAUGCUAAAUAUCUAAAAGACAAAGCUAUCGAAAUUCUAAAGUCUCACUCUGAGGUUUGGAAGAAUUCUCCUUGCUUUUCUGAUCCGUCUUUUCAUGCAAGUUUGGGGAUUUAG